UGUGGAGCGCGCGUGGAUCGUGUAUACAGGGUUCGUUCGGUUGAGCCUGUAAUUCCUGUCAUGUUGAUUCCGCGAGCGGCGUAGUGCGUACGGGAAACGGUAUCGUGUGUAAUAGGCUUCAGGGUAAAAAAAGAUUUCACUCGCAGCUUGCAGCAGCGGAAGAAGAAGAAGAAGAAUGAGCCAGAGUUAGUCGAGCGUUGACCAAGAAGCGCGUUGGACGAUCGCCGGAUCGGCCCGCUUCGUCCUGACAGAAGACACGUGACCGAGAAGUUUUGGUCGCGUAUUUUACCUCAUACCCACGUGACGGUUACUUCCUGAGCAUAAUCUCUCCGGACGUAAGCCAGGAUUCUCUGCUUCCACUUGUGAUGAGUUGUUCCGUUCCAGAUAUCGGAAUAAAUUAUUUGACCGACCGUUUUUCCGGACAAAUUUUCGAAUGCAAACGUUGUUUUACACCCGGUGAAAACGAAAAACUAACACCUGACUGUGAUUCCGAAUAAAACAUUUCGCCAAGUGAAGCGGUCGACGUACGCCAGUUAGGCAAAAUAUCGUCGAACAAACGCUGAAGAGUCAAAUGCCCCCCGCGCCAUGACGUCGAACGCAAUCCGUGGCAUACGGAGGAAGAAAAGCUCCCUCUGCGAAGUGAAGGUUGCUGUGAUCGGUGCUCCAGGAGUUGGCAAGAGCGCCCUAACCGUGAGGUUCCUCACGCGAAGAUACAUCGGCGAGUACGACCACCAGUCAGAAAACCGGUACAAACACGAAGUGCUGGUCGACGGAGAGCCGAUACUCUUUGAAAUCCUAGACUCUUGUCCAAAGACCGAAAACGAGCUGCCGACCAUGGAGACGCUGCAGUGGGCCGACGGCCUCCUUUUGGUCUAUUCGAUAACGGACAGGGGGUCGUUCAACUUCGUUAGAAGGGCGAAGGAAGCCCUCGCCGUCGCCGAUCCGGAGGCUGCGAUACCGCUCGCGAUGGUCGGCAACAAGGCCGACAUGGUUCACCUGCGGCAGGUCAGCGCCGAGGAGGGUGAAAUUUUGGCCAAGGAUUUCGAGUGCUGGUUCAGCGAGGUCACAGCCGCGGAGCAGGUUGUCCAAGUCGCUGAGGCGUUUCACGAACUUUGCCGCGAAGUCUUGGCUGCCAGGAGACGAAACAAACAAUCUCUCCUCGACCGGAUGCUAGGAAGCAAAGCUGCCCGAGCUUAUUCCCGAGGAAAAAGCGACUCCGCGCUACCUAAGGACUAGCGAUAUCGAUCUCGAGGAUUCGCCCCGUCGGGAUGUACGGGACUUGCGAGGAUCGUGGAACCGGGACGCUCCGAGCCAGCCGCGGAAACGGGAAAGCUACGUCGUCGUUGAGGCUUUGGAAACGAACGGCGGAGUGGAAAUUGAGUCAUUCCUGGUGGGAAUUUGUCAGCUGAAAUUUGGUAGAAGGAUCCGAGAGUGUUGAAAAAAUUCCUGCGAUAUCCUUUGGAAACUCUUUUCUCGGUUAUCGGAAUUGAAGAAGAAAAAUUAAUUGGUUCAGGAACGUUAUUGUUCGGAAGAAACUAUAGCGAGUCGGUAUAUUCUUCGAUACAAUAAUUCCUUAUGGCAACUGGAAAAUAAACACUAGCGAACGUGUUCUGAGAAAUAUUUUGCCCUGAAUUUUUCUUGUAAUAACAUAAUUUCAUAACUGGGAACGUUUAAAAUAAAUGAGAAAGUUUCUUUUAAACUAUUUGUAAUAUUAAUUUUAGUCCGAUGUUAACCGUGGUAAUAAACCUUGAAGUGAAAAGUAAUUUCCAUCAGGAAAGUCAUUUAAAAGGGUGUCCCAUCGUGAUUCACGUCUUAAAAUAUCUCAAAAUGGCAAUUUUUUAUUUUGCGCAGCGAUGAUGUGCCAAGCGUAAAGGCUGGCCACUUAUACCACGUACUCUAUACGUUUGAAUCUGUCUUGAUGUAGGGUAAAUUUUCUUGUAGCCGAAUAAAAAUCGGUUGCCAUUUAAGAAAAUCAAGUUCGUGUCAGUAUCCCGGAAGCAGUGGUACUUCCGACUGAACUGAUAUCACCAGUUUGCGUUCCUCUAGGAACCAUACAAUUAUUUUCUGAAAAAUUUUUCAACAGCAACUCUAGUUUUACAAUUAGAGAUAUUCUAACGCAUGAUUUACGACGGGAUACCCUGUAUGUCCGUGGAGCUGAAACGCUUUCGUCGUUAUAUUUCAACUAUUACAAUUUAUAUUAAUGCUGUAAAAUAAUCUGGUUGAAGGUUGUAUAAUUUGCGUAAAUCGUAAGUUAAAUUAUUAUACCCUAAGGUGCCGAAGACUUGACCUAGUGCCUUUAAGAUCGAUAUAAUUACCGUCGUUAAUUUUACUAUCAUUCGUAUUGUACUCAAAUACUACGCUUUUGGAGUAUUUUAAUUGCCACUACCAAAUAAGAUCUUGCGGAAACUUGAAUCCCGAUGAUCCAACGCGCUAAGACAACAAUCCGAACCCAUGUAAUUGGAUCAAGCAUUGAAUAACGUGGAUAUCAGGAGAAAAUUGUUUAACAAGCGUUAGAACAGAUUAAUCUUUGAACACACUUUGAACAGUUCUAAUAUAUCAAUGCAUAUCACAAAUCAUGCUUUUUCCAUUUCGCACAACUUGGCCGUGAGAAAUAGAAAGCAAAUUGCAAAGUUGCGCGAAAAUCCUCGAAAUCUCAUGUCUGAAAUGCACUUUCUAUGGAAUUCCAUGGUGGCGGAAAAAGUAUCAACGAUCGUCGUUUGAUACUUUGUUAUUUUUCAAACUUUGUGCUACAAUAUACUUUGGUUCAAUCAUCAUACCUAUGUAGUCGCGAAUACAACUAGGUAGACUUCCGAUGUAACUAAAUAUUGCAAGACGAGAGGCUUAUUGGUCUUUAAUAUAUCAUUUAGAGAGACGAAAGAAAUGGCAAUUGAAAUAUAGAUGAAACGGACUAGUUAUUGUUCAAAAUAUUAUAGAUAUAUAUUUAUUUUGUACUUACAAGCUAGUUUAGACGAUAACAAUAAUAAAUCACAUUGUUUAUUUAUUCUUAUACAAA